CUUUUCUUAAGCAUUCAGCGCAGAGCCAUACCAUAAGAAUUUCAACUUCUUUUGGAAGACUGUAGCAAUCAUGUCCAAGAUCACAGUCGCCGGAGUGCGCCAGAAUGUCGAGAACCUUCUCAACUACUCUCUCAAUGAGAAGAAGCGUAACUUCACCGAGACCGUUGAGCUUCAGAUCGGUCUGAAGAACUACGACCCCCAGCGUGACAAGCGUUUCUCUGGUACCAUCAAGCUGCCCACCGUUCCCCGUCCUCAGAUGGCCAUCUGUAUUCUUGGUGACCAGCACGAUCUCGAUCGUGCCAAGCACCACGGUCUCGAUGCCAUGUCCGUUGACGACUUGAAGAAGCUCAACAAGAACAAGAAGCUCAUCAAGAAGCUCGCUCGCAAGUACGAUGCUUUCCUCGCUUCCGAGGCUCUGAUCAAGCAGAUUCCUCGUCUGCUCGGUCCCGGUCUCUCCAAGGCCGGCAAGUUCCCCACCCCCGUUUCCCACGCUGAGGACAUGGCCGCCAAGGUUACCGACGUCCGUUCCACCAUUAAGUUCCAGCUUAAGAAGGUCCUGUGUCUCGGUGUUGCCGUCGGCAACGUCGGCAUGGAGCAGGAGCAGAUUGUUGCCAACCUGAUGCUCGCCAUCAACUACCUUGUCUCCCUCCUCAAGAAGGGCUGGCAGAACGUUGGCAGCCUUGUCAUCAAGGCUUCCAUGUCUCCCCCCCACCGCGUCUACUAG